CCCAGUGAAGAAUGUGAUGGGAUCACUAGCAUGUCUGCGGAGAGCGGCCCUGGGACAAGAUUGAGAAAUCUGCCAGUAAUGGGGGAUGGACUAGAAACUUCCCAAAUGUCUACAACGCAGGCCCAGGCCCAACCCCAGCCAGCCAACACAGCCAGCACCAACCCUCCACCCCCGGAGACCUCCAACCCCAACAAGCCCAAGAGGCAGACCAACCAACUGCAAUAUCUGCUCAGAGUGGUGCUCAAGACACUAUGGAAACACCAGUUUGCGUGGCCUUUCCAGCAGCCUGUGGACGCCGUCAAGCUAAACCUCCCUGAUUACUAUAAGAUCAUUAAAACACCUAUGGAUAUGGGAACAAUAAAGAAGCGCUUGGAAAACAACUAUUACUGGAAUGCUCAGGAAUGUAUCCAGGACUUCAACACUAUGUUUACAAAUUGUUACAUCUAUAACAAGCCUGGAGAUGACAUAGUCUUAAUGGCAGAAGCUCUGGAGAAGCUCUUCUUGCAAAAAAUCAAUGAACUACCCACGGAAGAAACCGAGAUCAUGAUAGUCCAGGCAAAAGGAAGAGGACGUGGGAGGAAAGAAGCAGGGACGGCAAAACCUGGAGUCUCCAUGGUACCAAACACAACUCAAGCAUCAACUCCUCCACAGACCCAGACCCCUCAACAGAAUCCUCCACCCGUGCAGGCCACACCUCACCCCUUCCCUGCUGUCACCCCAGAUCUCAUCGUCCAGACCCCUGUCAUGACAGUGGUGCCUCCCCAGCCACUGCAGACGCCCCCACCGGUGCCCCCCCAGCCACCACCCCCACCCACUCCAGCCCCCCAGCCCGUGCAGAGCCACCCACCCAUCAUCGCGGCCACCCCACAGCCUGUGAAGACAAAGAAGGGGGUGAAGAGGAAAGCAGACACCACCACCCCCACCACUAUCGACCCCAUUCACGAGCCGCCCUCACUGCCCCCGGAGCCCAAGACCACCAAAGUGGGUCCCCGGCGGGAGAGCAGCCGGCCUGUGAAACCCCCAAAGAAGGACGUGCCCGACUCUCAGCAGCACCCAGCACCGGAGAAAAACAGCAAGGUCUCUGAGCAGCUCAAGUGCUGCAGCGGCAUCCUCAAGGAGAUGUUUGCUAAGAAGCACGCUGCCUACGCCUGGCCCUUCUACAAGCCCGUGGACGUAGAGGCGCUGGGCCUGCACGACUACUGUGACAUCAUCAAGCACCCCAUGGACAUGAGCACAAUCAAGUCGAAACUGGAGGCCCGUGAGUACCGCGAUGCUCAGGAAUUUGGUGCUGAUGUCCGAUUGAUGUUCUCCAACUGCUAUAAGUACAACCCUCCCGACCACGAGGUGGUGGCCAUGGCCCGCAAGCUCCAGGAUGUGUUCGAAAUGCGCUUUGCCAAGAUGCCUGACGAGCCUGAGGAGCCAGUGGUGGCUGUGUCCUCCCCGGCAGUGCCCCCUCCCACCAAGGUUGUGGCCCCGCCCUCAUCCAGCGACAGCAGCAGCGAUAGCUCCUCGGACAGCGACAGUUCCACUGACGACUCCGAGGAGGAGCGAGCCCAGCGGCUGGCUGAGCUCCAGGAGCAGCUCAAAGCCGUGCACGAGCAGCUUGCAGCCCUCUCGCAGCCCCAGCAGAACAAACCAAAGAAAAAGGAGAAAGACAAGAAGGAAAAGAAAAAAGAAAAGCACAAAAAGAAAGAGGAAGUGGAAGAGAAUAAGAAAAGCAAAGCCAAGGAACUUCCUCCCAAAAAGACAAAGAAAAAUAACAGCAGCAACAGCAAUGCGAGCAAGAAGGAGCCAGCACCCAUGAAGAACAAGCCCCCUCCUGCAUACGAGUCGGAGGAGGAGGACAAGUGCAAGCCCAUGUCAUACGAGGAGAAGCGGCAGCUCAGCCUGGACAUCAACAAGCUCCCUGGCGAGAAGCUGGGCCGCGUGGUGCACAUCAUCCAGUCUCGGGAGCCCUCGCUCAAGAACUCCAACCCUGAUGAGAUCGAGAUCGAUUUUGAGACCCUGAAGCCGUCCACGCUGCGUGAGCUGGAGCGCUAUGUCACCUCCUGUUUGCGGAAGAAAAGGAAACCUCAAGCUGAGAAAGUCGAUGUGAUUGCUGGCUCCUCUAAGAUGAAGGGCUUCUCGUCCUCUGAGUCGGAGAGCUCCAGUGAGUCCAGCUCCUCUGACAGCGAAGACUCCGAAACAGAGAUGGCUCCGAAGUCAAAAAAGAAGGGGCACCCUGGGAGGGAGCAGAAGAAGCAGGCAGCGCCUGCGAUGAAGUCCUCGCCCCCGCCCUUCAUCGCCACCCAGGUGCCCGUCCUGGAGCCCCAGCUUCCAGGCAGCGUCUUCGACCCCAUCGGCCACUUCACCCAGCCCAUCCUGCACCUGCCGCAGCCCGAGCUGCCCCCUCACCUGCCCCAGCCGCCCGAGCACAGCACUCCACCCCACCUCAACCAGCACGCGGUAGUCUCUCCUCCAGCUUUGCACAACGCGCUGCCCCAGCAGCCAUCGCGGCCCAGCAACCGAGCCGCCGCCCUGCCUCCCAAGCCCGCCCGGCCCCCAGCCGUGUCACCCGCCCUGGCCCAGCCCCCCAUGCUCCCACAGCCCCCCAUGGCUCAACCCCCUCAAGUGCUGCUGGAGGACGAAGAGCCACCUGCCGCACCCCUCACCUCCAUGCAGAUGCAGCUGUACCUGCAGCAGCUGCAGAAGGUGCAGCCCCCCACGCCGCUACUCCCUUCCGUGAAGGUGCAGUCCCAGCCCCCACCCCAGCAGCAGCACCAGCCCCCGCCACGGCCUGUGCACUUGCAGCCCAUGCAGUUCUCCACGCACAUCCAGCAGCCCCCACCACCCCAGGGCCAGCAGCCCCCUCACCCGCCCCCAGGCCAGCAGCCGCCCCCACCACAGCCCGCCAAGCCUCAGCAAGUCAUUCAGCAUCAUCCUUCACCCCGGCAUCACAAGUCGGACCCCUACUCAACAGGUCAUCUCCGCGAAGCCCCCUCCCCGCUUAUGAUGCCCUCCCCCCAGAUGCCGCAGUUCCAGAACCUGACCCGCCAGUCUCCACCCCAGCAAAGCGUGCAGCCUAAAAAGCAGGAGCUGCGUGCGGCCUCCGUGGUCCAGCCCCAGCCCUUGGUGGUGGUGAAGGAGGAGAAGAUCCACUCACCCAUCAUUCGCAGCGAACCCUUCAGCCCCUCGCUGCGGCCGGAGCCCCCUAAGCACCCGGAGAGCAUCAAGGCCCCUGUCCACCUGCCCCAGCGGCCGGAGAUGAAGCCUGUGGACGUUGGGAGGCCUGUGAUCCGGCCCCCUGAGCAGAACGCACCCCCACCAGGGGCCCCUGACAAAGAUAAACAGAAACAGGAGCCGAAGACUCCAGUUGCACCCAAAAAGGACCUGAAAAUCAAGAACAUGGGCUCCUGGGCCAGCCUGGUGCAGAAGCAUCCAACCACCCCGUCCUCCACAGCCAAGUCGUCGAGCGACAGCUUCGAGCAGUUCCGCCGCGCUGCUCGGGAAAAGGAGGAGCGCGAGAAGGCCCUGAAGGCCCAGGCAGAGCACGCGGAGAAGGAGAAGGAGCGGCUGCGGCAGGAGCGCAUGAGGAGCCGGGAGGACGAAGACGCACUGGAGCAGGCCCGGCGGGCCCACGAGGAGGCACGCCGGCGCCAGGAGCAGCAGCAGCAGCAGCAGCGGCAAGAGCAGCAGCAGCAGCAGCAACAGCAGCAGCAGCAGCAACAGGCAGCCGCGGUGGCUGCCGCCGCCGCCGCCGCCCCCCAGGCCCAGAGCUCCCAGCCCCAGUCCAUGCUGGACCAGCAGAGGGAGCUGGCCCGGAAGCGGGAGCAGGAGCGAAGGCGCCGGGAAGCUAUGGCAGCUACCAUUGACAUGAAUUUCCAGAGUGAUCUAUUGUCAAUAUUUGAAGAAAAUCUUUUCUGAGAGCACCUAGGUGGCUUCUGACUUUGAUUUUCUGGCAAAACGUUGACUUUCCAUAGUGUUAGGGGCAGUGGUGGAGGCGGCAGCAGCGGCCAGGGGGUGUCUCUGGGCCUGGCCCUCCUGCAUGCUAUGCCCGGGGCAGGCCUGACGGGCAGCUGAGGAUCGCAGAGCCUGUCUGCCUUACGGCCAGCCGGACAGACGUCCUGCCACCCGCCACCCCCUCACAGGACGUCAGCUCAGAGCACGCCUCGUUAUGAGCAAGUGCCGGCCGGACCCAAGCCCUGCGUCCCCACAUAGGGGACAGAGGCCCUUCUCUCCGCCAAAUGUCUACACAGUAUACACAGGACAUCGUUGCUGCCGCCACCGUGACUGGUUUUCUGUCCCCGAGAACAUGACGUUUGUGACGUCCCACCCACUGGGAGUUCUUCCCCACACCCCAGCCAUUGCCGCCCACUCCCAGGAGGCCAGGGCAGGCCCACGUGGACUGGAGGCAGGCGAGGCCUGCCCACCCCCUUGCUGGCACUGACUUUGCCUUGAACAGAUCCCACCCCUCCCUGCCCCCCACAAGCCUUUAAUCGAGAGCCGCUCUCUGUAAGUGUUCGCUUGUGCAAAAGGGAAUAGUGCCGUGGAGGUGUGUGUGUCCAUGGCAGUUUGGGGCGAGGUGACUGUCCCGCGCGGUGUGGGCAGGCCUCUCCUGGGGAGUGAGGCCACCAACCAAAGUCAGUUCCUUCCCACCUGUGUUUCUGUUUUUUUUUUUUUCUAUAUAUAUAUUUUUCGUUGGAUUCUAUUUUAUUUUUAAUUCUCUCUUCUCCUCCAGACACAAUGGCACUGCUUAUCUCCAAAAUGGUGUGAUCGUCUCCUCAUUGAGCGGCGGCUGCCACCGCGCUGUGGGUAGUGUGUGACCGUGGCUGUACUGUAUAGUGAACAUAGUUGGCAUAUCUUUGUUUGAAGUUUGUUGGUGACUCCACCAAACUGGUGUAAAAAAAAAAAAAAAAACUAAAAAAAAAAUCUACAAAAAAAACAAAACACAACACAAAAAAAACAAAAAAAAAACAAAAAAAACCUGCCUAUAUUUUACUCAGUUUCAGACUUUAUUAGUCUAUUUUUAAUUAUUAAACCAGAAAGCCGCGAUUUCUUUUAUUUCUCUUCCUCCCCUACCCCUUCAUUCGUUGGCUUCUUUGUUUUUUAAUGUCAAAUCUGUUUGAGUUGUUUUUUACCAAUAAAGGAAGGGCCAGGGGACAAGGUGGGCACCAGGCGCUGAGGGCGGGCCACAGACUGAGGCAGAGGCUCCCCGGCCCUGUGCCCAGCCCCAACCAGCCGGCUGCUCCUUCCCACGCUUUUUUUUAAUUUUAUAAUUGGAGCCCUUGGUGAGGUUAUGCGUGCCAUGAGAACCCACUCUACACCACAACGCUGGUGCCUCGGUGUUGGCCAAACUCUGGAGUCGCUGACUGGUUUGACUUUCAUACGGUGAAUAUGCAUUUGGUCUGUACUGAUCAUGGAAUAAACACAUCUCUCUUUUUU